GCCUUUUUGGUAGCAAAUAUCAAUCCCCAGAAACGGCCGAUUGUGGCCCCAUUCAAUCGGUAGCCCACUUUUCCUCAGAGGAAAAUAUCUCUUGAAAGCUCAAAAUCACUCCCCACAUUCGUGUUGCGUCGAAUAACACAAAAGGCCUCUCGCAUUCGUUUGUUUCCUCUUUCUCUUCGCUGCCUCUUGAUUGAGUCUGCUGUUAAUUCCCUCAGGAAGACCUGCAAGAUCAUAUCUUUCGUUUUAAGCAAGUUUACAUGACCCUGGUUUUCGAGCUGACUUCCGAAACCAACCUCUUGUUUACUUAAACAGAGGAAGAAAUGGUGAAUACGGGAUUGUUUUCCGGGAGCAAGGCCGCGAAGUCGGUCAAGAUAAGCUUUCAGUUGCCAUAUUACACUCACUGGGGACAAAACUUGCUCGUGUGUGGCUCUGUACCUCUGCUUGGUUCGUGGAAUGUGAAGAAGGGUCUGUUGCUCAGGCCCUUUCAUCAAGGCGAUGAGCUCAUCUGGCGCGGAAGUAUCACGGUGCCUUGUGGGUUCCAAUGCCAGUAUAAUUAUUAUGUUGUAGAUGAUAACAGAAAUAUUCUGAGAAAUGAAAUGGGAAAGAAGCGUGAAUUACUAGUCCAUGAAGGCAUCCAAAGCGGCCAGGAGGUUGAGUUCCGCGAUCUAUGGCAGAGUGGUUCAGAUGCCAUCCCUUACAGGAGCGCUUUUAAAGAUGUCAUCUUUCGGCAGAGCUGGAAUGCAGGUGUGGCGACGCCAGCAGGAGUUAGCCACUUCAAAUUUUCUCAAGAAGAUGCCAUUGUCGUCCAGUUCAGAAUUUGCUGUCCAAAUAUUGAAAAAGACACAUCAAUAUGUGUGAUCGGUAGCCAUGCACAGCUAGGACAGUGGAAGGUCCCCAAUGGGCUGAAACUCAAUUACUGUGGUGAAUCUGUCUGGCAAGCUGACUGUGCGAUCCAAAGGAGUGACUUUCCCAUAAGAUAUAGAUAUUGCAAAUAUGACAAGGCUGGAAAUACUUCUAUUGAGAAUGGUCCAAACCGAGAAGUCUCGACUAACUGCUCAAGUAGUGAAACAAAAUAUAUUUUUCUUUCAGAUGGCAUGCUGCGGGAAGUGCCUUGGCGUGGUGCUGGCGUAGCAAUACCCAUGUUUUCUGUUAGAUCAGAAUCUGAUCUUGGAGUUGGAGAGUUUCUUGACCUCAAGUUACUGGUUGACUGGGCUGUAGCAUCUGGUUUCCAUUUAGUUCAACUUUUACCAAUCAAUGAUACAUCUGUGCAUGGGAUGUGGUGGGAUUCUUAUCCAUACAGUUCACUCUCUGUUUUUGCGCUGCAUCCAUUAUAUCUGAGAGUACAGGCACUUUCAGAGAACAUUCCAGAUGAAAUCAAGCAAGAAAUUGAGAAGGCAAAGCAACAUUUGGACAGGAAGGAUGUUGAUUAUGAGGCUACAAUGGCCACUAAACUCUCGAUUGCCAAGAAAGUUUUUGCCCUGGAGAAGAAUUUGAUACUAAAUUCUAGCUGCUUUCAGAAAUUCUUCUCUGAGAAUGAGGAUUGGUUGAAACCCUAUGCUGCCUUCUGUUUCCUGCGGGAUUUCUUUGAAACAUCGGAUCACAGUGAGUGGGGUCGUUUUUCUCAUUUUUCAAAAGAUAAGCUUGAGAAACUUGUAUCAAAGGAAAGCCUACACUAUGACAUAAUAUGCUUCCACUACUACAUCCAAUACCAUUUACAUCUACAACUGUCGGAAGCCGCAAAAUAUGCAAGAAAGAUGGGAGUGGUACUAAAGGGAGAUCUUCCUAUUGGUGUUGACAAAAACAGUGUAGAUACCUGGGUUUAUCAAAAUUUGUUCCGAAUGAACACUUCAACUGGGGCACCGCCAGAUUAUUUUGAUAAAAAUGGCCAGAAUUGGGGCUUUCCUACAUAUAAUUGGGAGGAAAUGUCAAAAGAUAACUAUGCUUGGUGGCGAGCUCGGUUAACACAGAUGGCAAAAUAUUUUACCGCUUAUAGGAUUGAUCACAUAUUGGGAUUCUUCCGAAUCUGGGAGCUUCCUGAUCAUGCUAUGACAGGUCUAGUGGGAAAAUUUCGACCAUCCAUUCCCCUUGGUCAGGAAGAACUUGAAAGUGAAGGAAUAUGGGACUUUAAUCGCCUGAUUCGCCCAUACAUUAGGCUGGGACAAUUACAGGAAAAAUUCGGAGAUUCUUGGACAUUUGUUGCAGCAACUUUUCUUAAUGAAUAUGAGAAGCAAUGCUUUGAGUUCAAAGAGAACUGUAACACAGAGAAGAAAAUCGCCGCCAAGCUAAAAUCAUUUGCAGAUGGGUCCUUAUUCGAGAGUGAAGACAAAAUCCGACGCAACCUCUUCGAUCUAAUACAGAACAUAGUUCUAAUACGAGAUCCAGAGGAUGCUAGAAAAUUUUAUCCUCGCUUCAACCUAGAAGACACUUCAAGUUUUAAGGAUUUGGAUGACCACAGCAAAAAUAUUCUAAAAAGAUUGUACUACGACUAUUACUUCCACCGGCAAGAGAAUCUUUGGAGGGAAAACGCUUUGAAGACUCUCCCUGUCCUUAUGAACUCAUCGGAUAUGCUAACCUGUGGGGAGGAUCUCGGCCUCAUUCCUUCGUGUGUUCAUCCUGUUAUGCAAGAACUCGGAUUACUUGGGUUGCGCAUUCAACGCAUGCCCAGUGAACCUGAUCUGGAAUUUGGUAUUCCUUCUCAGUAUAGCUACAUGACGGUGUGUGCCCCAUCAUGUCAUGACGCUGCUACCCUGCGAGCUUGGUGGGAAGAAGACGAAGAUAGAAGGCUACGAUUUUGCAGGAGCGUGAUGGAGUCUGACAUGUUGCCCCCUGAUCGAUGUACUCCAGAAAUCGCAUAUUUUAUCAUAAGGCAACAUUUUGAAUCCCCAUCAAUGUGGGCCAUUUUCCCCCUCCAGGACUUGCUGGCCCUGAAAGAAGAAUAUGCAACACGCCCUGCAAACGAAGAGACGAUCAACGACCCAACAAACCCCAAACACUACUGGAGAUACCGUGUACAUGUGACUCUGGAGUCUUUGUUGAAGGAUAAUGAAAUGACAUCCAUAAUCAAUAAUCUUGUGCGAGGGAGUGGAAGAUCAUUUCCCAAGAAGGGCUUAGAAGGGGAAGUAAGCUUAGCGUCUGGGAAGCAGCAGAAUGCCAGCGCUGGGGAGAAGACGCCUCUGUCCUCUGUUUCCAAUGGAAUUCAACCAAAGGAUGCGUUGCCUGUCCGCUCAUGAAUGGGACUUGCUUGCAUGUAAAGGAAAAAUAAAAGUUUGAAUACAGUUCACUAAAUAAAUUUCCUCAAACUAUUCCUUCUUUCAUAUUUAUAUUAUGGUUCUUAUUACGUUUGGAAUUAAUUCCUUAAAUUUGUUGAACGUA